AAAUUAAUAUUUACUUCUAUUACUUAAUUCUUUUUGACUAACUGUCAUCUUCCUUUGCCACAUCUCUAUUUAAGAGCAUACAUUGGUGCAGGUUUUGGUAAACAUAGUGCUGAUGCCAUUCACUUCGCUUACUGAUCAACCAUGUGGUAGCAAGCAAACCCUUUAUUCUUUGUAUUCAGUAAUCUCUCCUCUCUUUUCUUACUUUCCGAACUAAUUCGCUCAUCAGUGCCAACUAUCUGUUUCUGACACUGAUUCACUCAAAAGUACAGAAAAACGGAAAAGCGAAAUUAAUUUUUGCUUCUUCGUUCCUCACCUCUAUGUUCUGCAUUGUUUCUUUGCUUAUUCCCUCCUGAGAGAUAUUUUAUGGCUGAGGUGGAGAUAGAGGAGGUGAAUGGCCGUGCUGGCGAUGCACAACCUCAUCAGGAAGGCUUGCCAAGAGGCAGAGAUGAAGGAAAUAUGUACUUGGUGUGGGAAGAUUUGACGGUGCUGCUGCCAAACUUUGGCAAUGGACCUACCAGGAGAUUGCUCAAUGGACUAACCGGUUGUGCUGAACCUGGUAGAAUCAUGGCUAUCAUGGGUCCAUCUGGCUCCGGAAAAUCCACUCUGCUCGAUGCAUUAGCAGGAAGACUCUCUGGAAAUGUUGUCAUGACCGGAAACGUUCUUCUUAAUGGGAAGAAGAAGAGGCUGGACUAUGGCAGUGCUGCUUAUGUGACUCAAGAGGAUGUACUGUUGGGAACUCUAACAGUACGAGAAACCAUAACUUACUCUGCUCAUUUGAGGCUCUCACCAUCAGUGAGCAGAGAAGAGAUUGAUGACAUUGUGGAGGGAACAAUCAUGGAAAUGGGCCUCCAAGAGUGCGCUGAUCGACUUAUCGGAAACUGGCACCUACGGGGUGUAAGUGGUGGGGAGAAAAAAAGAUUAAGCAUUGCACUGGAAAUCCUCACAAGGCCCCAUCUAUUGUUUCUUGAUGAACCUACAAGUGGCCUAGAUAGUGCCUCAGCCUUUUUUGUGAUACAAACUCUUAGGAAUGUUGGCCGUGAUGGCAGAACUGUCAUCUCUUCAAUCCAUCAGCCAAGUAGUGAAGUAUUCUCACUCUUUGAUGACCUGUUUUUACUCUCUGGUGGAGAACAAGUUUAUUUUGGAGAGGCAAAAGUGGCUGCAAAGUUCUUUGCUGAAUCUGGAUUUCCAUGUCCAAGUCGGAGAAAUCCUUCGGAUCACUUCCUUCGUUGCAUAAAUUCAGAUUUUGACAGUGUUGCAGAGGCUUUGAAGGGAUCUCAUAUAAUAUCUGAAUUUCAAAAUACAUUAGAUCCUUUCACAACCUUACCAACAGCAAAGAUAAAAGCAUUGCUUGUUAAGAAAUACAGCAGCUCAGAUUACGCAGCAAAAGCAAGAGCAAGAAUUCAAGAAAUCUCAACCAUUGAGGGACACGUGAUUGAAAAGAAACAUAGGAGUGAAGCAAAAUGGUUGAAGCAACUAUCAACAUUGACACAGAGGUCCUUUGUAAACAUGUCUAGGGAUUUGGGCUAUUACUGGUUAAGGAUAGCAAUCUAUGUGGCCUUAUCUAUUUGUGUUGGCACUAUAUUUUUCAAUAUUGGAACAAACUACAAUGCAAUCUUAGCCCGUGGAGCCUGUGGCGGUUUCGUAUCAGGUUUCAUGACAUUCAUGUCUAUAGGAGGCUUCCCAUCCUUUAUUGAAGAACUUAAGGUUUUUUAUCGAGAAAGGCGCAAUGGACAUUAUGGGAUUGCUGUUUAUAUACUGUCGAAUUUCCUCUCUUCAUUCCCAUUCUUGACUCUCAUGUCCCUUGCUACAUCAUCAAUUACCUAUUACAUGGUGAAAUUUCAUCCAGGAAUUUCACAUUUUACAUAUGUCUCCCUCGAUCUUAUCAGCUCCAUUGCAACUGUGGAAAGCUGCAUGAUGAUGAUAGCAUCACUAGUUCCCAACUUCAUGAUGGGAGUCAUAAUUGGAUCUGGUUAUAUAGGAGUUAUGAUGAUGACAGCAGGGUAUUUCCGAUUGCUACCGGAUCUUCCUAAGAUAUUUUGGCGUUACCCUGUUUCAUAUAUCAACUAUGGUGCAUGGGCAUUACAGGGAGCAUACAAGAACGAUAUGGUCGGGCUUGAGUUUGAUGGAUUCAUACCUGGUGGUCCAAAACUGAAAGGUGAUGUUGUCCUCACAACCAUGCUUGGCAUUCAGCUGGAUCAUUCAAAGUGGUGGGAUUUAGCAGCAGUUGUAAUGAUUCUGACAGCUUACAGAUUUCUUUUCUUUGUCAUUCUCAAGUUCAAGGAGAGAGCCUCACCUUUCUUUCGAACUCUUUAUGCCAAACGAACUAUACAACAUCUCAAAAAGAGACCUUCUUUCAGGAAAACAUCAGCCUUCCCAUCCAAGAGGCACCAAGUUCUCCACUCACUAUCUUCUCAAGAGGGUCUUAACUCUCCAAUUCACUAGAAGAACCAAUAGCUCAUGAGCACUCUAGAAAUGCUCAUACUCUGAUUCGAUCACAGAAACAAGGGACAGGAAUGAUAGUAAGAUUCCUUAAUAAAUUAGCUAUAUCAGCUUUGGUUUUUAAGUGCUUCUUCAAUGGCAUUCCUUUCCCUUCUCAUGUCUGCAAAUUGCUCUAGGGUUAAUGAGAGGAGGCGCCCGUCACCCAAGAAUGCUUUCCUUUUGGAACUCUCUAGCCAUGACAGUGGAGAGCAGAAACUUCUUAUCUGUUGUGGCAAACAACACAUUGCAGCAACCACAUAAAAUAAACAUAUAUAGAAAAGAUCUCAUUGUUCUUAGUAGAAAAUUACAAGUGGUGCAAAAAUGUUGCAGAUGCCUCCGUCACACAGUAUUGUAACAUCUAAUGAUACCAUUAUAUCUAAUAGCAUUUUGUUCUGGUAAUUCCAGUGCUACCCCAAGAUGGAUAAACUGGAUUUGUUUGGCCUGUUCUUCACCCACAAUUCUACUAUUUUCUAUCAUUUCUCCUUGCUGAUUGUGUUCUACAAGUAGUGGAUUGCCAUUCCCAUGAGCAGGCCUUCAGUGUAAAGAGAAACAGUUACAGCUCAUCAAACACUCAUGUAGAACAAUGAGGUCACUACUUUUGCAAUUUGCACGAACAAUUUACAGGUUAUAUCCAUUUUUUCUUGCGCACUACAUUUAAUCAAUUUGACCUACAACUCUAAUAUUUCAUCAAGUAAUGCACAGAGAAUCACAGCACCUCAAAUUUACGACAGGCCUGCUCUAUUAAAGAUAAGCAAUUAGUUUAAAGACAAAGAUUGGCCCUGAGCUUGUUAUCUGGGCCCUAAGCCCAACUCGUAGUAGUAUUAGCAACUCCAAGCCUCUUUUGGUGAUUUUUCUGCUAGAAAAGUUUUUCUUUGAGCCUAGGUUCCUGAUACAAAGCUUCCUCAAUUGGUUAGACAAACCUAUUUCUUGACUUACACUUCCAGGAUUUGCUAGACAAGCCAAUUUCUUCACUUCACUUCCUUUAAUCAAUCAGCUAAGAAAGACAAGUAGAAUUACACCAAGACAUAAUAUAAUUAUCCACUAAAUCAUAGCAUCUUAAGCAAAGUAUCAAGUUUUCUAUGUUUCCAGACUCUCUACUAUAAUUUUUCUCAAAUAACUAGGAAGCAAUCAAAAGAAAUACCACCCUCAACCACAACAACAUUAAGUCCCUAAAAUUCGGAAGGCGAAAUGAAAUCAGAUGUCAUUAACUCAGUACAAUUCUGAGUACAGGGACAUCAACACCUUCAAACACGCAGCCAUUAAACAUCAGAUAGAGGAGCUGCUUUGUUCUUUUCAUUGUCAUUUUCACCUUGAUUUGAUUUUUUGUACCUACAAAUUAGCUGAUCCAUCCAAAGACCAUGUUCUGCUAUCUAAUCCAGAAAAACCACGACAGAGAAGGCACAUUGAAUGCAGUUAACACUUCUAUGUAACCCUUCAGAUUUUCAUAAAUUACAGUUGGAUUUACAAAAAAAUAUAUAGCCAUCAUUUGUACUCUGGCUCCACAUAAAAAUUUACAACAGUGAUAAGAAUCAUCAAAAAGUGAAGAGAUGGAAUCAGACAUAUAUUUCUUCCAUUUCACUAGUUGAAGCAAGAGUUUAAAGCAAAAUUAUUGAAUCUUUUUCAAGAAACAAAGAUUAAAAUAAUAUGGUAACCUAGGGAAAUAAUAAUAAAAGAUGAGGUUAUUAUAAUACUUUUCUAACUCAGAGACUAUUUUACACCAUUAAGCAUAGAUGCCCAAACAUUCAUCAAAAUAACAGAGGAGCCUGUACAUCUAUAAGCUCCUAUCUGACCGAACGUACAUAAGCCUAAAUAUCCUUGUUGAAGUCCCCAAUAUGACACUCUAAAGGUUAGAAUUUGAGACUUUCAACAUUAAGGUCUCAAAUUUGCAUGUCAGGAAGGAGGUUUUGAAAUUUAUGGGAUGGAAGAUAGUCACCUCUCAUUCUAUAGUCUAAGCUAAUGGUUAUCUAUCAAAAAAAAGAAAUACAUCCCUGACAUAAAUCAGAAUAUAAAAACAAGAAAACAAAGAAACCAGAUAUGUAACUUUAAAUUGAAUAUACAGAAUCAAUAUAAAGAUAUGAAUUUGAGCUACCACAAUUCUGCCAUGAUAGCAUUUAAUCUCUUGCUCUAACAGUUGCGCUAAACAUGACUCUUUAAACUAACAAUGAUUUAAAAGGUACAAAGAAUGAGUGACUCAGAAGGAAGAUUACGGGCUGAUUCAAACAGCAAGUCCUUGACUUUCUUGGUUCCACCUUUUUCUGUUUAUUCCAACAUGACCAGUAAUUUUACAAGAGCAAGGUGACUCAGGCCCACAAAAUCAACUGUAACCACCAUUUCAAUUUUGAAUAAUAUGUAACUAGCUUCACUACCAAAAACUGCUUGGUAUAUUUGGAAACAAAAAUAAGAAGCUAGCAAAAUUAGCAAACAAUCCCUUAAUUAUUGAGAAAAUAGUAUUUGGCGCAAAAAGAUUUGAAAUACAGUUUAGCUAUAAAAUCGCAUCCUGUUUAAAGUUCUAUAACCGAUAGAGUUGAAAUUCAGGAGAUGAGAAAAAGUAGCUUAUUACAGAAUUUCUUCUAAAAGGCAAUAAGGCCAACCUGAUCAAAUUCCUUGAUUCAGAAUUCAUAGCUCUGCUGCCUCAGGAACAUCUUACCACUUUUUUAAGAAGCUAUUCAAUUGCAAAUCAAAAAUUACCAAUCAAGCCACAGUUUCAAUAAUUGCAAUUGCCAGGAAUUCCUUCCAUCCUACCAGCAACUGCAAAAAACAAAAAACAAAAAA